GGUCAUUGACUCUCUCUCUCUCUUCUGUUAUUAACAGUCUUCCAUUCCUUUAAUAAUAUAUGUAUAUAUAUAGUAUGUGAUCAACUCAUACAUAUGCUUUAGGCUAUUGCAUUGAUCAUCAAACUAAAUUAAACCCACCUCCUCCUCUCAAGUUAUCAGGAAACUGGAUCCCUCCAUCAUCUCUCUUCCUUAACUACACCUUUAUAAAAUCAGUACCAGCAUGUAAUUUUCCCUGUCCCCUGUUUAAAAAACCCCCCCAAAAACCACCAAAAAAAAAAAUAUUUAUUGAAUUUUAUGAAAAGAGCCACAACUAUAUUUCUGUUAUUUUAAGUGUCUAAGCUGGCUAUUUUCGUUUUACCUAUUCCUUAAUCCUACUCUUAAAAAAACCUGAGCAGCAUGUAACUUUGGCCCAUUUCUUUGUUUUCAAAACUCAGAAAAACCCCUCCAAAAAAAAAAAAAUUAGUUUUUCAAUUUUAUUUUUUACAUAUUAUUGGUGGUAAUUUGGCCAUAUUAAUUAAUCUGGCCAACCUCCCGACGCUCCUGUAGCAAAGGCUUUAUAAAAAACCGCCAAAUUAUGUAAAAAAAAAUUUAUUAUAUUUUCUCUUUAGGAUUUUCACCCAAAAAAACCCAAAAAAAAAUAUAUAUAUAUAUAUAUAUACUUGAGAAAAACCCAAAAAAGGAAAGAAAAAGAGAGGAGAGAGAGAGAGAGAGAAGAAUGGCUGAUCCAGAGGUGGGAAUGUCGCCGGCAAUGUCAACGCCGGCAACACCAGGGACGCCGGGUGGACCAUUGAUAUCGUCGAUCCGAGUGGACUCGCUAUCGUAUAGUGAUCGGAAGUUAAGGCCGGGAUGCAAGUGCUUGCCCGUUGGAGCUCCUUCCUGGGGUGCUCCUCACACCUGCCUCUUAGAUUUCCCUGCUCCUGAUGUCUCGCUCACCCGGAAGCUGGGAGCAGAGUUCGUGGGGACAUUCAUACUGAUAUUCGCGGCAACAGGAGGACCAAUCGUGAACCAGAAAUACAACGGAGUAGAGUCACUGAUUGGGAACGCAGCAUGCGCUGGUUUGGCAGUGAUGAUAGUGAUUCUGUCUACUGGUCACAUCUCCGGAGCACAUCUCAAUCCCUCCCUCACCAUUGCCUUCGCUGUUCUCCGUCACUUCCCCUGGAUCCAAGUCCCUGGCUAUAUCAUCGCCCAAGUCUCCGGUUCAAUCUGUGCUUGCUUCGCUCUCAAAGGUUGUUUCCACCCAUUUAUGUCUGGAGGAGUCACUGUUCCUUCCGCUACCACUGACAUUGGCCAAGCUUUCGCCCUCGAAUUCCUCAUUACCUUCAAUCUCCUCUUUGUUGUUACCGCUGUCGCCACUGAUACUCGAGCGGUUGGAGAAUUGGCGGGAAUAGCAGUUGGAGCCACAGUGAUGCUUAACAUUCUUGUAGCCGGGCCGUCUAGUGGUGGUUCUAUGAAUCCAGUGAGGACUUUGGGACCGGCUGUCGCGGCAGGAAACUACAAAUCGAUAUGGAUAUACUUGAUCGCACCCACACUCGGGGCUAUAGCAGGAGCAACUGUCUACACCGUUGUGAAGCUCCCUAACGAAGAUGGUCAACCCCCACGGCUCAGGAGCAUCCGUCGUUAAGAAAAAUUAUCAAAUGAGUCGAAAAUUUUAGUGCGAUCAUGUGUCCAUAUAAUUAUUAAUGGUCAUGACUACGUAAUAUUUUCGAAACACUAGAUAAUUAUUUGUGCUUAAUGACUUUUUUUUAUUAUAGUAUUUAUGUGUAAUAACAGUGAUGGUUGACAGUGAAAGCUAGACUGUUUGAGAAUAAAGGUGAUGGACUAGGCCAUGUGAUUGCAUGUCCACACCCCUAGGCUUUGGCAAAAUAAUUUGCACGGUUUGUUAUCUUCUCAUCACUUCAAAACAUCUCAUUCACUUGAAAGGAUGAGCUUGUGAGGUGAUAUGAACGUUUGUGGGCCAUGCCCUUUUGUGUGUGUUGAUCUUUUGUUCACAUUUGUAUAAUAUACCCAGCAAUAUGUGUCUUGUAUUAAUUUGUUUAUUAAGUAAUUUCUAUGCUUGAGGCUUCUAUGA